AUGCCGUCUGGAUUCUUCGGAGGCCUUGGUGAUGCCUUGGACAAAACCGUGAGCGGAGUGGGCAGCACCGUGGGCAGCACCGUGUCUGGCGUGGGAAAGACAGUUGGUGGAGCGACUCAAGGCUUGGGACAAACAGUAAGCGGUGCGUCGGAGGGACUGGGGAAUACGGCCAAGGGAGUGAGCAAGUCGACUGGGAGUGCUUUUGGGAGUAUUGGGAAAAAGGAUGACAAGGGUUCUUUCUCGAAAAAUUAA